AUGCUACUGUGGGCAAAAGAUAUAAAACUAACAUAUCAACAGGGGGAUCUGCAGGGCGCCGGACGGAUCCUGCGCUGCCCCGAAUGGUUUAUGCAUGGGGUACUCCCCGUAAUCAGGGGCCGAGUGAAGAUCGUCGCCCUAUUCACCAGCCUCGGUAAUAGAAAUCAAUCACAUUCUUAG